UUGCUAGCCGUCAGUGUGUCCUUCACUACAUAGACAAGCAGCAGUUUAGCUAGGCAGGCUCCCGGUGGACUUUGCGGGUGCAGGAAUUUCAACCCAGGAGACGUCAUACGGGAAUAACUAGUCUCAACUAUUGAAAUAUUAUAUUUAUAAAAACAGAUAGCAGACCCCAUUGGACACAAUGGCUUUUCUAAUCAAAAGCAUGCUGCCCAGUAACCCAUUGAAGGGAAUGGGUCUUGGUGGAGGAGAGGAACCAGCGGCGGAGGCCGCCCCCUCCGACCCAGCCAAAGCAGCAGGGAUGACACGCGAAGAGUAUGAAGAGUACCAGAAACAGGUGGUGGAGGAGAAGAUGGAGAGAGAUGCUGACUUCUUACACAAGAAGGCUGAGAGAGCAACUUUGCGAGUAUGCCUCAGAGACAAAUACAGGCUCCCCAAGAGCGAGCAGGAUGAGAACAUGCUCCAAAUGGCAGGUGAUGAUGUGGACGUUCCUGAGGAGCUCCUCAAGAUGGUAGAUGAGGACGCCACAGAGGAGGAAGAUAAGGACUCCAUCCUGGGGCAAAUGGGGAACAUCCAGAACAUGGACAUGGACCAGAUCAAGGAGAAGGCCUCUGCCAUGGCCACUGAGAUGAAGACCAAGGCAGAGGAGAAGUGCUCUGUCAUGUAGGAAACCCCUGCCCAGAAUUCCAAAUGUAACACAGAGAAACAAAGAAAAUGGCUUCCCUUUCUUAAAAGUCUGAGGUCUACUGUGGGGAUUCAAUCAAGGCCACAGAGCUAAUAUUUAUGCAGGGGCUCUUUAAAAUCUGUAUAAGUCUGAGUCUACUAUGUCUGAGUAAUGUUAACAAAUAACAAAAUAUUGCUCAGGCAGUUUUGACUGAAUUGUGGCCCAAUGAUUUUCCCAUUUCCACCUCUAUGGAAAAGUUCCAACAGCCUCCAAGUCUCACUGUUACCUCCCCAAAACUCCUUGUGUGAAUGGUCUUUUUUCGAUUUGUUCCUCUCAAAUCCUUGUUAAAUUCAUAUAGAUGUUUUGGUAUGUGUUUUCUGAAUAAAUGCUGUUAUAGUUGUA